UAUUGACCAGAGGGUACCGACCCUUGCACAGCCGGGCACCCUCGAGCGGGAUGUGAAGAGAGCCGCAGCCCUGGGUGGAGGAGGGUGGUGGGGAGAUGGUCGUACUUCCCCUGUCGGAGCGGGGUGAUGUGUGUGCUCCUAGGUGGUGGGUGCAGCUCCCGCCCCCCCGCCCCAAACGCCGGCUCUGGGAGCUUGGGAAAGCGGCGCUUCCCGUCCCAGCAUCCCUGCGAAUCCAGUCCUGCGCUUGGCAGAGAAACCGGGGAAGGGAGGGGAAAAAAAAAAAGAAAAAAAAAAAAAAAGAAAAAAAAAAAAAAAGGGGAAGGGAAAAUGUGAGCGUCCUCGGGAGAGGGAGGGGAAUCGGGAGGUGGUGGGCCGGGCUCGGGGAGAGGGCUCAUCCCCUCUGCUCGGGGCUUCAUAGAGCGGCCGCUGCCAGCCCGGUCCCGGCGAGGUCACUCUCCGCUCGCCUCUCCGCCACUCGGACCAGCUCCCCGGACCCAUCCCGGAGCGUUCCUGGCGCAUUCCCGGAGGAUGCUGUGCGCGGGGCUGACGCUGGCGCUGUGCGCGCUGCAGCUCGUCCCGGCCGCGCUCGCCGGGCCGCAGCCACAGCUGCUGGUGGAGCGCAGCGGGGCCCGGCGGCUCAGCAAGGUUGGUGGCUUUGCCUGGGAGAACUGUGGUGACAAGAGGGAUCCCGUGGUACUGCAGAGUCUCUCUGUGGCACCCGACCCCAUUAGCAUUCCGGGGAGCCUGCGUGUCAGUGCGGCUGUCAAGAGUGGCAAGACCAUGGGUUCCCCUCUGAAGGCAGCGCUGGUGGUAGAGAAGGCAUUGGGUGACCUCUGGAUCCAGCUGCCCUGCAUCGACCAGCUGGGCAGCUGCACCUACAACGACGUCUGCAGCAUUCUCGAUGAGCUCAUCCCACCUGGCACACCCUGCCCGGAGCCCCUGCUGACCUACGGCAUCCCCUGCCACUGCCCCUUCAAAGCGGGCUCCUACUCCCUGCCAGCCAGCGAUUUUGAUGUGCCUGAUGUGGAACUCCCUUCGUGGAUGACCAAUGGCAACUACCGUGUCCGGGUGGUCGUCAGCAAUGGCGGGGAGGAGCUCAGCUGUGUCAAACUGGCCUUCUCCCUGCACUCCCACUGA